AUGGAAGACAACUCCGACGUCACUCUCCGCCCUGACCUUGGUCUUCGCAUCAUGAACUUCAGACUUCCGUCAGCAAGGAAACUUUCCCUCGUCCUGCUUACCAUAUUCGCACUGUUCGCCGCACUCGCCGCUACCUCCUCCUUCACAACGAUAACCGCAUUCGCAACCUCCGCCAUCAAACUGGCAACCUUCGCCCUCAAAUUCGUGCCUUCGUCUGUCAAAGCACCCAUUCAGAUCUCGAACGUCACGUUCAACUACGUGGCUAGCGUCGCGGACGACGGAAAGAAUAUGAUGGACUUGUCGGCCUGGGUCCACAGCAUAAUCAUUUCGGUGACACAAAAGGUCUCCAUGGUUCUCAAGUGGCUACUGGUCCUGGCACUGUUUCUGACACUGAAUUCAAGCAUCUGUGCCAUAGAACGCAAGGAGGCUGAGAAGACAAAGGCACUUGGAUCUGUCGCAUGCAUCGCGCCUAUCCAUGCCCCAGGGAAUGCGGCCGACGGUGUGCUUAUCCAUGCCCCAGUGGAUGCGACCGAUAGGGUGCUUAUCCAUGCCCCAGGGAAUGCGCCCGAUAAAGUGCUAGUACACAAGAAGAUAUCCACGGUGGUUGAGCAAAUUGAGACACCGUGGUCCACUAAGGUUUACAAGACCGUCACCGAGACUGUGACUACAACGGAGAAAACAGAGAGAUCGGUAACAAGAGGAGCACCGGAUCACCGUCUGAUGGGCUAUUAA